AUGGACUUUACGUUCGCGAGGUUUGCUCUGAACAUGGCCAUAGCCUCGAGCAGAACGGAGCCGGAAGUGAUGCUGAAGGCGGGAGCCCCGGCGUUUUUGGUGGGGAUGCUGACCAAUCCGAACGAACUUGUGACGGGACCGGCAGUCCUGGCCCUGUCACAGAUGGCGCACCACGAGGCGUGCCAGCGCGCUCUGGGGCUGGCAGGGGGGAUACCCCCCCUGGUGCUCUUGUGCUUCACCAGCCAGUCGCCGGCGGUCCUCGUGCAGGCGUGCAUUUCAAUCGCUCAGUUGAGUCGUUACCCACCGAACAGAGCCAUUAUUGCGGCCAAGGGCGGCGUCGCGGCCAUGGUGCGCCUACUCGAGGGGUUCAGAAGGGAGGACCACGUCACCGAACAGGUGAUCGGACAAGCCCUUACCGCGCUCGUGAACGUGACGUACCGAAGCGACGCGAAUCGAGGCCUCGUGGAGGAGUGCGGCGCAACUCUCCCGACCAUCACAAUAAUGGACGCCCUAGACAACGAGGUGGUGCUGGUUCAGGCCUGCCUGGCCCUGGCCAACAUGGCCUACCUUAACCAGUUUGCGGCGCUGCGUUUGUUGGAGGCAGGGGCGGACAAGGCAGCCUGCGACCUGAUCAGGGACUCUGACAAGACGAGGCAUAGCGACGUCAUAGAGGCGGCAUUCAUCUGCCUCGCCAACCUGGCCAACAACCCCCUCAACCAGGCCCAUGUCGGCGCGGGGGACAGCGUGGAGCUCGCACUGUCAGUGUGCAAGCACUGCCAGAGCGCCAGGGUAGUGCGAUCCGCCGCACGGGCCCUCUGUUCGCUGACGCUCAAGAACCAGGCGAACAAAACGCGGUGUGCGAGCUUGGACGCGGUGUCGAUACUGCUCGAGCUCGCCGCGGCGUGGGGCGUCGCAGAAGACGACGGAGGAUCGAGCAAGCAGACAAGUACCAUGUCAUCGUCCCGCUCGGCAGCGGCGGCGGCGGCGGCGGCCGCUGAGGAGGAAGGGACCGCGGCGGGGCAAGCGGCCAGCUGCGUGGCGAUCCUGAUGCAGCACCCGACCAACGCCCUCGCCAUGAAGAGGGCGGGGGGGCUCAAGGAGCUGGCGGAGCUCAUCUUCGACUCGGAACACAGCGAGGUAAUAACGGCGACCGCGAAGGCCAUCGUCGUGCUCCUUCCCGACCCAGAGGAGCUGGUGCGGACGUUCCGAAACGGCCAGGUUUCCCAAGCGGAGGAGGCGGGCGCGUACGAAGCCUUGGUGCGGUGCCGGGAGUGGGCGUUCGGACGGAGGGCUCCGCCGUCGUGGCUUGCGUACGGGCUCGACCUCCUCGGCGCCGAAAUAGAAGGGCUAGAAGCACGCCUGAAACAGGAAGGAGGAGGUCAAUUCCGCAAACCGGAGGAAUUCUUCGUGCCAACGGAUUUCUUCGAGGAGCGGGAGACGGCCAUCCCUCCGGACGUGACGCUGGCCCAGGACGAGGAUCUAGGGGGAAUGCUAUUUCACGUAUUUUGA